GGCAUUAAGAGUUAUGGCUGAUGAGAUUUAUCGUGCAUUAUUAUUCAUGAAUUAUUUGAUGGUGGCAACUAUAGUGUAUGUCAUACCUGUUAUCGGUCCAAUUAUAUCAUUCAUGUAUUUUUGUUGGAUAUAUGCUUAUUAUAGUUUUGAGUACAAAUGGAUUAAUCAAGGUUGGUCUUUAGAACAACGUAUAGGAUAUUUUGAAGAGAGGUGGUCUUAUUUCGCCGGAUUUGGUUUUAUGUUUACCGUGAUAACGUUCUUUGUUGAUCAAUUUUUAAGUGCUGGUGUUUUCGCACUUCUCUUUCCUCUUUAUAUAAUUAUGGCUAACAAUGCUCUUCCUAUGCCGAGACAGAACGAAAAUGCUCGUUUUUCAUCAUUAGUACCGUAUCGAUUGCGAGUAUUUUGG